CAAGCUUUUCCUUCCUUUUUCAUUCUCUACGUUUAUAUCGAACCCAAGCUAAGCCUUUUAACUCUUCGCUCUCUUUAUUUCAUUGUCUUCCUUGUUUUCUCGAUCUCGAUCUUGGGAUCGCUUGAAGAUUCUAUAAAAGCGGUGGCAUUUUCAGUUGUGGGUGGAAGUUAAGAUUUUGUGUAGGCGGAUUUCUCAGAAUAUUGAGCGGCUUUUAAUUUAAAACAAUGUUGAACUUAACUGCUGGGUUUGAAGUGAUAUGGAACUGGUUGUAAUACGACAACAAGAUGACGCUUUACAUUGGUCGCGAAGCUUCAAAGUUCUGGAAGAGAAUUUGUACGGAGACAACUACAGAGAUCAAUCUUCUUCUAGACAAUUGGAAAUACGUUCUUGCCGGUCUCAUUUUUCAGUACAUCCAUGGUCUAGCUGCCCAUGGAGUUCAUUAUUUACACCGGCCAGGGCCAACACUUCAGGAUCUUGGAUACUUUCUUCUUCCAGAGCUUGGGCAAGAUAAAGCCUACAUCAGUGAGACGGUUUUCUCCUUUGUUUUUCUAUCCUUUGUCUUGUGGACUUUCCAUCCUUUCGUCUUCAAGAGCAAAAAGAUCUAUACAGUUAUAGUUUGGUGCAGGGUGCUAGCAUUUUUAGCUGCUUCUCAGUUUCUCCGAAUCAUCACGUUCUUUUCUACUCAGCUUCCUGGACCAAAUUAUCAUUGUCGAGAGGGUUCAAAGCUUGCCAGGUUGCCAAAACCGGCUAAUGUGCUAGAAGUCCUCUUAAUUAAUUUCCCUCAAGGUGUAGUAUAUGGUUGUGGUGACUUGAUUUUUUCAUCACAUAUGAUCUUCACCCUGGUCUUUGUGCUCACCUAUCAGAAAUAUGGAACACGAAGGUGUAUAAAGCAGUUUUCUUGGUUGUUAGCUAUUAUUCAAAGUCUCUUGAUUGUAGCAUCCCGCAAACAUUACACAGUUGACAUCGUUGUUGCGUGGUAUACCGUUAAUUUAGUGGUAUUCUUCAUAGACAAGAAACUGCCAGAAUUGCCUGACAGAAGCAAUGGAAAUUCACCUGUUUUGCUACCAUUGAGCACCAAAGACAAGGAUACUAAGACCAGAGAAGAGAACCACAAGCUCUUGAAUGGGAAUUCUGUAGACCCUGCAGAUUGGGCAUAGUAAAUUUAUUGGCCGAGAAGUCUAGUUAAUGGCAAUGGAAUAUAUGUCGAUACCACAUUGAAUGUUUGCAUAGAUGAGGGAAGCUUCUGAUACAGUGUAAUGGGGCUGCUUGAAUCCUUAUGAUCUUUGAUUUAAGGCAUACCUCCUUCCAAGAGUGGUAAAUUUGAUGAUUUGUAUUCUUAGAAAACAGAACUUGAGUAGUUCAUUGUGCAGUGCUGUGUAAAUACAUCAGUCAUCAUCAGCAUCAGCAUCAACUUGUAUCGUGGAAGUUCCCGAGUUCCUAUCACUGCUAUCAAUCUCUUUGUCAUGUUGAUAUAACCCUUAUUUACUGUAGCUGACGGAAUACUGAUAUUCUGUCAACAAUGUGAAUUGGUGAAAAUUUAAUUGUCAUUCUCUCUAUGCCGAAGGCUACUGAGAUGAACAUGAACUAGUUUAAAAGUAAUAUAAAAUGUUUAUCAUGUUUCAUUUCAA